AUGAGAUUCUCCUCCCUCCUGACGGCCCUCUCUGGGGUCGUGGCCGUCCUGGCCCUCGAGAUCCCCGCCGGCGUCCCCCGCUCUCUCGAGGAGUUCAGGGUCAAGCACCCGUACCAGCGCCGCGGCGCGACCUGCAACCGCAAGACGGUCAAGAUCCGCGCCUCCAAGAACGACACGGACGAUGUGGCCGACGCCUUCCUCCAGGGCCUCCACGACGCCAACCACGGCGGCACCCUCUACCUGCCCAAGGGCGAGACCUUUGUCAUCGGCAAGCCCCUCGACCUGACGUUCCUCGACAACGUCCACGUGCGCCUCGACGGCGAGAUCAAGUUCACCAACGACACGCCCUUCUGGCAGGCCAACUCGUUCCGCCACCCCUUCCAGAACAGCAUCAUGUUCUGGAAGUGGGGCGGCAAGGACGUCAAGAUCUACGGCGAGGGCGUCCUCAACGGCAACGGCCAGCGGUGGUGGAACGAGUUCUCCGGCCUCGAGAUCCUCGACCCCGCCAACGCCUACCUCCGUCCCAUUCUGUUCUACGCCGAGAACGCCACGGGCCUGCACGUCGAGGGCAUCCACUUCAAGGACUCGCCCUGCUGGACCACCUUUGUCGUCACCUCCAAGGACAUCUCGUUCAAGGACGUGGCCUGCACGGCCGAGUCCAACAACGCCACUGCUCUCCCCAAGAAUACCGACUUCUUCGACUCCCUGAACGUCGAGAAGGUCCGCGUCGAGAGGGCCUGGGUCAACAUUGGCGAUGACUGCUUCUCGCCCAAGUCGAACGCCACCGACAUUCACGUCGACACCAUGUACUGCAACGGCACCCACGGGCAGUCCAUGGGCUCCAUCGGCCAGUACCAGGGCGAAAAGUCCUUCAUCCAGGACGUUGUCAUUGAGAACGUCUGGAUGCUCAACGGCCAGCACAGCGCCCGCCUCAAGUCGUGGGCCGGUGAAAAGGCCGGCUACGGCUUCAUCAACAACGUGACGUUCCGCAACUUCUGGAACGCCAACAACGAGUACGCCGCCUUCCUCGAUAGCUGCUACUUCCAGAUCAACUCGACGACGUGCGCGCAGUUCCCCUCCAAGGUCGACAUCUCCAACGUUCUCUUUGAGAACUUCACCGGCACCACGAGCGGCAAGUACGGCCGCGCCGUCGCCCGCCUGACGUGCAGCUCGAGCCCCAACGCCGUGUGCGAGAACAUUCGCUUCAAGGACUUCAACGUCCAGAGCCCCUGCGGCGGCCCGCCCGUCAUCCUGUGCGACGGCAUCAAGGACGGUGUUGGCGCCCCGUGCGUCUCGGCGACGAGCGACGAGGGCAAGGCCGCGCUCAAGGCCAAGUGCACGUCGCCUCUGGCGGAGCUGCCUGCUCGGCCGUGGUAA